CCUUUUUGCAAAACAAUUUCUUUUUGUGAUAUGUCCUUAAACGUUUCCGACCCUGCUAUUCUUGAAGCUUAUGAAGAUGUCCGAGAUGACAAGACCCAAACCAACUGGGCCUUCUUUGAUUUUGCAGAUGGUAAACCAGACCGUCUUCAAGUUGCAGGUACAGGUUCUGGAGGACUUGAAGAGUUUGUUGGUCAAUUAAAAGCCGAAGUUGCUGGUUGGGGAUACAUUCGCAUGAAUAUGAGCAACGACGAAUAUUCUCAACGUGUCAAGUUUGUUUUGGUGCCUUGGUGUGGUGAUAGCGUUGGCAUUAUGCGUAAGGCCAAGCUAUCAAUCCAAAUUGCGGAUGUAAAGAAUGUGGUCCGUAAUUAUCAUAUUGAAGUGCCUGCUUCUCAUAAGCAAGAUUUGACCGAGACAGAAAUCAUGACCAGACUUAGACGUGCUGGUGGUGCCAAUUAUGAUAGACAAUCCAGUAAUUAUUAGACGCGUACU